GCGCCAGGCACUGUGCGGGCAGCCGAGGGAGAGCCAUUGUGCCUGGCUGGGGUCAGGCUGAGACGGCCCCUUGUACGCUCUGGUCCAUUGUCUUCCUGGCUGGUGCUGGCGACAGGGUCCCACACGUGCCACCGCGGCGGCUGCAGUGCCGGGCCGGGUGGGCGCCCGCAUCCCAGACGCGCUGUGGGAGAUGAAGGUCCCGAAGCCGUGGUGGGCGGGCGGCGGCGUCCUGAACCUCACUGUGCUGCUGAGCUUAGCUAGGCUCCGCGUGGACCUGGAUCUCUGCCUGCCGCCGCCGGCCGCCGCACUUUGCGAGGAGCUGCUCCCACUCUGUCCCGUCCGCUCCGCCUCGGCUUCUAGCCCCUUCUCGGCAUCGGAAGGCUGGGGACACUCCCCCCAGCAGCUUGCCAAGGGCCGGCUGCUGCGCGAAGUGCGCGCGCUCGGCGUCCCCUUCGUUCCCCGCACCCGCGUAGACGCGUGGCUAGUGUACAGCGUGGCGACCGGGGACGCAGACGGGGCCCACGGGCUGCUCGACACUGCCGCCUCAUCUGCCGUGGGAGACGGCGGCCAGGUGGCACCCGCGGGCGGCGAAGACCCCCGAGAGACUCACAGCAGCCCUCUGGCUGCCGAGGAGGAAGAAAAGGCGGCGGAACCGACGGCACAGGUGCGGGACACAGGCGGACGCGAGAGCCAGGAGAAUGAUAUACUAAAAGAAAAGAGUGAAGCUGUGGAUCACAGUUCCCAGCAUGAGGAAGAUAAGGAAGGAGUGUCAGCCCACGCAAAAUCACUACAGCUGGGUAGGAAAGAUGAAAGCAGAACAACAGAUGCACCUGUCUGGGAAGGAGGGACAAUCACAGGGUCCAGAAAUGAGAAUCACCUACACUGGUCGGAUACAUCUUUCUUUCUGGAGGAUUUAUUUCAACUGCUUUCAUCACAGCCUGAACAGUCCCUGGAGGGCAUCUCACUGGAAGACAUUCCACCCUUUUUAAGCAGUAUCAAUGAGUGUGCAAAUUCCUCAGCGCAUCAUAUAAAUUUGAGCCAUGCCAUAAGCCAUGACGUCAAUCUUCAUGAAGCCAUGCUACUGUACCCCAACACAUUUAGAAGAGAUCCAGCAGCAAGGAUUUCACAGGCACAAGAACCAUUUCUUCAGCUAACUUCUCACACCAAUUCUGAGCAAGCCAUUCCUGCAAUGUCUCUCCCAACUGUUGACAACCAAAUGAGGAAUCUAACAAGUCAAGAUCUCCUGUAUGACACUGAUUCAAGUAUCUUUGAUGGAAUAAACCUAAUGUCAUUGGCCACAGGUUUCAAUCCACUGGAAGUUUCUCAACUUUUUGAAGAUCCAGACUCUGAUUCCGGAAUCUCCUUAAAUUCAACUAUCACCAAGUCUAAUUCUCACUGUAUGUAUGAUGGUGCUGUAGGUAACAGUACUGACCUUGAGUCUCUUAGUCAAGAUUUAGGUGCUGUAGGAGGCUGCUGCGCAGAACCCCUUAAACACUGUCAUAUGGAUAUUAGGACUAUGUCUGGCUUUUACCAGGAUCUUGAAUGUCAGCAAAUAUUUCAUGAUCACACUUACCACUUACAACCAGGUGUACUAGAGCCCACAUCUGAAGCUUUAACACAGACCAAGUCUCGGAAAAUCAGUGGGUGCCUUGACUCAGAUAGAAAUUUGAGUCGUGAUGAACAGCGUGCUAAAGCUCUGCAUAUUCCCUUUUCAGUAGAUGAAAUUGUCCGCAUGCCUGUUGACUCUUUCAACAGUAUGCUAAGUAGGCACUACCUAUCAGACUUACAAGUUUCUCUCAUUCGUGACAUCAGACGAAGAGGAAAAAACAAAGUUGCUGCUCAAAACUGUCGUAAACGUAAACUAGACAUCAUUUUGAAUCUAGAAGAUGAUAUAUGUAACUUGCAAACACAGAAAGAAGCCCUGAAGAAUGAGCAAGAUCAAUGUAACAAAGCUAUUGACAUAAUGAAACAGAAACUGCAAGACCUCUACCAUGAUGUUUUUAGUAGGUUAAUAGAUGACCAAGGAAGGCCAGUCAAUCCAAACCACUAUGCACUUCAGUACAACAAUGACGGAACUGUUUUGAUUGUACCUAAAGAACUAGUCACAUCAGGACACAAAAAGGAAGCCCCAAAGGGAAAGAGGAAAAACUGAACAGCAUCACAAACUGUUCAAACUAUUCUUAAAAGCACUGUUACUUGAAUCAUUCAGUUAAGAGUACAAGUUGAAGUUUGUAUUGAUAAAUACUGAAAAUUCAAGGUUAUGCUUCUGUGAAGUUGGGAGAAUCCACAUUUUCAUGGACCAGUUCUGCACUAAUACCUAUGCUCACAUAAUCUUUUACAGCCUUUUAUUAAGGUGGUCACUUGAAAAAGCUUUAAGAUGCUUACAUAACGUGAGUAGCCUUUAGCUAUCUGAAGGUAUUUACUA